UUGGUCACUCUUACUUCACACUCCCUAAUAUCACUUUCUUGUCUUCUCUUCUUCUUUCGAUACCUGGCACCAGCAGUUUCAUUCCCGGAAUUGAAAUUCGAGGGGAAAUGGCUUCACGAAACGACACAAGCUCACCGAUUCCGAUCGUCGAUUUUGGAAAGUUCUUGCAUGGGAGUGAGCAAGAGAAGGAAAACGUGGUAAAAGAGAUUGAUGAUGCGUUUCGGAAUGUGGGGUUUGUGUAUUUGAAGAAUCAUGGUGUGGCGAAGGAGAUGGUUGAGGAGUGCUUUGAAUGGAGCAAGAAAUUCUUCGCCCUCCCUUUGGAGUCUAAAAUGCUCGCUCCGCAUCCACCGGGCGGCUCGCACCAUAGAGGCUAUUCGGCCCCAGGAGUUGAGAAAGUGAGCCAGCAUAAGUAUGAUGCUGAUGAGAUUUCCAAACUCCGCGAAAUCCCCGACCUCAAAGAAUCCUACGAGUCCGGCAACCCAACCGACCAAACCCAACCCAACAUCUGGCUCCCGGAAUCCAAACUCCCCGGCUUCCGCACCUUCCUGGAGUCCUACUUCGCCGUCUGCGCCGCCCUCGUGCAUCGCAUCCUCGACGCGCUCAGCGCCGCGCUGCAAGUCCCCGAGCCCGGAUUAUCCCCCACGCACGAGAAGAGCCUGUUCCAGCUGCGCCUGCUGCAUUACCCCGCCGAAGACGACGCAGAGCCGCUGCGCGCGCACAAGCGCAGCAGGAUAACCGCACACUCCGACUUCGGCUCCCUCACGCUGCUGUUCCAGGACAGCGUCGGCGGGCUGGAAGUCGAAGACCCCAAUGCGCCGGGCCAGUUCCGCCCUGCGCCGCCGAUUCAAGACGCCGUGCUCGUUAACAUCGGGGACUUGAUGGCGCGCUGGAGCAAUGAUCGCUGGCGGUCUACGGUUCAUCGCGUCGGUCUUCCGCCUGACGUUCCUGCUACUGAAAAGCCUUUUUCGGGGCCGGGCCUCGGUGUGAAUACUGAGGGCCAGCGGAUGCCGAAAGUGGCUGAGGCUGAGAAGAUAGUGCCGGAUAGAUACUCGAUUCCUUUUUUUGCGGUACCAGAUAUGGAUACUGUGAUUGAUGCGCUGCCGGGAUGUUGGGAUGAAGAGAGUAAUCCGAAAAAGUACGAGCCGGUUACGGCGUGGGGGUAUGUGCAGAUGCGGAUGGCUGCUUUGUAUGAUUCAUGAGUGGUCAUCCAGGGCAGAAGGGAGGCGCACAGAAAGGAAUGACAAACUCUAGACGAGGGGUGGAGGACAAGAGUUUUCUUCAAGUCAUGAAUCAAUUCUCCUAUAUAUUGCAAUGCAA